CCUUUAGAUCUGAGAACUUCAGGCAAGGAUUUAGUGCCCAAUCAUUUAACGUAUUGCAUAUACAAUCACUGCGCCAUUUGGGACAAUCAGCCAGAGUUGUGGCCGCGAAGUAUCCGAGCGAACGGCCAUUUGUUGCUCAACAACGAGAAAAUGUCGAAAUCGACCGGAAAUUUCCUGACUCUCUCCGAAGCGAUUGAGAAAUACUCGGCCGACGGCGUUAGGUUUGCUUUGGCCGACUCGGGCGACGGUAUCGAUGACGCGAACUUCACUGAGAAACAGGCAGACAAUGGUCUCCUAAAACUAUACAACUUUAUUGACUUCAGUAAAGAAAUGAUCGCUAACUUGGAUUCGCUGAGAAGCGGAUCAACGAAUUCAUUUGAUGACAGAGUCUUUGAGAACGCUAUAAAUCGGGGAAUAUCUCAAACCGAAGCCCACUAUAAGGUUAUGAAUUUCAAGGAAGGGCUGAGAACUGGUUUCUUUGAAUUCCAAGACGCGAGGGAUAAGUACAGGGAAUUGAGUCAAAGCGUUGGAAUGCAUAAGGAUUUGGUGCUCAAAUUUAUCGAGUGUCAGGCAAUC